AUGCACUCCGGCGGCUACAUAGCCACCGUAAUUUGUAUCGCCACUCUCGAGCUCUUCCUUUCUCAGGUUGGGCUGUUCGCCUCCCAGAUCGUCUUCGCCAUCGUCACCGGUGCCUUCUGCCUUGUUCUGCCAGAGUCGCCCCGGUGGCUCGUGUCGAACGGGCGCAACGACGAGGCGGAAGCAGUGGUUAUACGUCUCAUUGGGAACUUGAACAAUGCAGCGCCAGAGACCCCGGAAGUGCGCCGGGUUAUGACUGAAAUGACUGAGGCCGAGGAGCUGGAGACGAAGGACGGGGCGAAGAACCGCCUUGCUUAG